AUGUCAUCCAGCGCUAACUUAUCCGUUCGCCAGAAUAUGCCUUCAAAUACUAACCCGUCUGAAGUCCGCGACCCAGAACUCAUCAACAUUGAUACAGUUACGGCAAUGCUUGAAGAUGUUCAAGACCGGGUCCGCCGCUAUCAUAGUCGUGAUCGUCACGCACGAUCUGCUGAAGACGGCGGGUCAGACACCAUUAAGCUCCUAGCAAGCUCGAUUGACUACGUCCGGACAUCUUUGGAGGCCCAGUCCAUGAUGCUAGAGGGCAUUCGCGUUCAGAUCCAGAGCAAGGAUCUCGAUGUCAUGAGACCCCGUAUCGGUGGCGUUAACGAGCAUUUGGAAGCUGUUAAAGAGCAUGUCUAUCAGGCGCUGCAGCGUGUGUUCCUGAUUCGGCUGGACAUCGAGCGCCUUAAAAUGGAACAUACACAGCUUGUGCAGGGUUCUCACAAGAAGACUAUUGCGAAUCCUUCCCGGCACUCACAAGCAUCCUCGGACGAAUCAGAAGACGAUUCCGAAGAGGAACCGGAGGAAGAGGCAACGAAUCCAGUGAACUACAAAAUGCUCCUCAUCCGGGCCGCCUGUGCCAUCGCCGCCUUGGGUUUGCUCUACCUAGCCUAUUACGACGUAAUAUUCUACGAACAGGUAUAA